AUGGAGCCCCACACUGGCGCUAAGCCCAAUGCCGACUACUUGUACGGUCGCUCACCCCUGACACGGCGGUCCACUGUCACCAAGUCCGCCUCCACUCCGUCUGGCCCUCCACCUCUGCCCCUGGCGCUGCUGGUCAAUGACUGCGGUAGCGCCACCGCGGUAGACACGGCUACGGCCACGGCGACGGCCACAUCCACGGCUCUGUCAACCGCCAUCCAUCACAAUCUACACAUGGCGACUGGCCCUCCCGUCAUUGCGCCGGCAAUUGAUUACCCUGCUGCGGACGACGAUCACGGAGACGACGCUAGAGGCGCCCCGAGGGACUGGCGACACAAUAGCGGCAGCAGCGGCGACGCUAUCAAGACCACCACCAUCUCCUUGGCCCUCGACGAUCGCGACCAGGAUGAUACUGGCUCCCACAGUUUAGCCGCUCCAUCGCCCUCAUCUCCGUCACAGUCUCCGUCACAGGACAAACGCAAACGCAAUAGCCAAGGCCUCUUGCUCUCGCCAACCUACAUUUCCCCGCGAUCAACAACCUUCUCGUCCGACACCUUCCUUCAUCCCGACCACGCGAACUUGAGCCUUCUGCGGUCCCCGUCGCCCGACCCCAGUCCCUUUGCAAUGGCGACCCAGGACGGGUCUGCGUCUCCCACCACGGGCGAGUUCAGCGCGCCGCCAAAGAACCCCUUCAACUUCCAGACCCAGAUCAUCUCUUCGGGGCCCGUGAAAUCUAACAUCGGUCAACGCCGCGGCCAUCGCUACAAACACUCCUCCAUCAGCGCCCAACAUUCCUUCUUCCAGGAACCCCCACCGCGCCCACCGCCCGUCCUCCCCGCUUCCCUCCCUAUCCCGACCUUCAAGGAAGCAUGGCAUAGCAUGCAGAAGCUCCAGCGCAUGCGCUUCUGGUGGUGCUGCUGCCACGCCGCCAUAGCCGGCUACGUCUUCCUCAGCGCCGAGGGCUCGCUCGCCAUGACUGCCCUCUCGCACCUGGUCGCCUUCGACGUCGGUUCCGCCGCCGUCUGUGUCGCCGUCGACGUCCUAGGCAACUUCGAAGUUUGGCGUCGCUCCAGCAUCCGACACCCCUUUGGUCUCCAGCGCGCUGAGGUGCUCGCCGGUUUCGCCAUGUCCGUCUUCCUCGUCUUCGGCGGCUUCGACCUGCUCUCGCACAACAUCAAGCACGCUCUGGAAAACGUAGGCGAGCAUGCCCCCCAUCACCCUCUACCGGACACCCUGGACGACAUGAGCGCAAACCUGGCCCCUUCGACACCGAUAGCGCACAUCCACGCCCACGACGGCACCACCCCGCGCGUCUCGGCCGGGGCCGUCGACUUGGCCAGCUUAGCCGCCAUCCUCAGCACGUUGAUAAGCGCCUACGGCCUGCGCAACCACAGCCGCAUCGGCCGCGUCAUGCGCGUGCCCCUGCCGUACCUGCGCAAGCUCCUGCCGCACGCAGGCAUCCUGUCCAACCCGUUCCACCUGCUGACCACGUUCUUUGCCUGCGUCAUGCUGCUCCUCCCGCUGCUCAGCGUCUCGUACUUUGUCUGGCUCGACCGGCUCAUCUGCGCGUCGAUAGCCGUUAGCAUGUUUGUGUUGGGCACUCGGCUGGCGAUUGCGCAGGGGCUGAUGUUGUUGAUGAGUUACUCUGGGCCAAGAGAUAUUUCGCAUUCUCCGCCAUCUGCAGCGGCAUCCUCGGAUAAGAAAACGGACAGUUUGGCGGCAGGAGAGAAUAACAACAACAGCCAAGUCUCGGCCGUCGUCCGCGAGAUCGAAUCCGAACCCCAAAUCAAGCGCGUCGAAGAGGCUCAGUUCUGGCAGGUGCACUACGGUCUGGCCAUGGCCAACCUGAAGGUCUGUCUGGCUACCAAAGGAAUGGAUGACGGCGCGCUGGCGCAGCUGAGGAGUCGGUUGGCGAGGUUGGUGCAGAAUCGGUUGAGUGAGGGGUAUGGAAGGGGGUCGAAUUUGAGGUGGGAGGUUACGGUGCAGAUGAGUACUGAUUCUACGUAA